GCAAUCAGAUCUGCCUGGCUGAGGCAAUCCACGAUCGUUGAGAGGGAAAACUCUGACACUGACUCUGUGAAGGGUUUUGGAUAAAUCUUUGCGGUUGGGUGCGUUCGUUACUGUUCGCUCUUCACUCAGCUGACUGGAAACUGAGUCGCGUCUCCCUCUGCUGGCAGGAUCAGGGCCUCCGAGACAGCGGGGGGACGGGGAAAGCGGUGACCAAAGACUUUAGAGCAGCCCAAUGAUUCCGCCCCCCGGUGUGUUUUUUGGUGACACGAGCUCCACGUCCCCGCACCCUCCUCCGCCCCUGCCGUAUCACUGCUGCUCUGCGGCACAACCCAGCCCCGGGCAGUAGGAGUGACUGGGUGUCUGUCAGGGGCCUGCUGAGAUUCAAAGCCCGGCCAGCCCCACAGCGCCCCCCACGCCGCCUCCUCCCCUUCCCCUGCCUCCGCCUCGGGGCCCGACCCCGAUCCCGCCGCGUCCACGCCCGCAGCCCGCCGGCCGCUCCAGCGCGCAGGCUCCGCUCGCCUCCAUCCCGCUGGAGAGGCCGGCCCCCGCACUCCCCUCCCCGCCGUGCGGCGCAGAGCCGGCGGCGGCAGCCGGAGCUGGGCCCCGUGCGCUAUGGAGCGCCCCGCGUAGCUGCUGCUCAGGGCUCGCCGCCCGCGGGAGAGGCGCUGGAGGAACUGGCAAAUUUGUACAGAAGAUGAAGUUUAUUCCUGCUUAAGGUUGUCAUCCUAAAUAGUAAAUGGUAAAAGAAUGUGGGAUAAUCCAAGUCUCCGAUGUCUCCUAGCAGUAGCUUUCUUACAUUUGCUGAGCUUAAUAUAUAGUCAAGAGACAGGUUUUCCAGAAGCACCCUGGAGUUUGAAAUGUAUCACACAUGACUUAAACAGAAUGAUCUGUUCCUGGGAUGCCACCUCCAGUGCAAACCCUGGACUGACUUACAAGAUUUGUUAUACAAACAGUGAACCAUUCUCUCCAGUGUGUAUUGAAACUGGGGAAAAAAGGGCAGAUAUUCCAGUGGCAAUGGGCUCCACUAACGUACAGAUAACCACACUAAAUGCUUCUGGAACUCCUUUAGCUACUGAAACAUUUGUAUUGCCUGAGGAAAAUGUUUCACUUAUUCCACUCACCCCCCAAAUUCUUAAUCUGAAUGCCGACUUUUCAACUUACACAUUAUAUCUGAAGUGGAACGAUAGUGGCUCAGUCUUCCAACAUGAAUUAGAUGCCAGCUGGCAGAUUCAGAUUCUGCGUAAGGAAACAAUGGAGACAGUGACACUAAUGAAUUAUGAUUCAAAAUUGACUGGCCAAGACUCUAUUCUUUCUUGGAAUUGGACAUCUGACAUACCUUUGGAGUGUACUUCACACCAUGUGAAAAUUAGAUGUUAUAUUAAUGAUCCAUAUUUUAGUGGUAGGAAGGAAUGGAGUGAAUGGAGCCCAAUUAAAACAGUUCCUGGAAAAGAUACUAAGCUCAGUAGCGCUGUGGUUUUUCCUCAAGACAAAGUGGUACUAGUGGGCUCAAAUGUCACAUUUUGCUGUUUAUACAACGAAGGGGAAAGUAUAAAAUAUAUGAAAUAUGGAUCAGAAAGUUAUUCACUCCUUCGCCUCAGCAAGUGGAGCAGUGCAAUCAAAGUGCAGAAUGUCAGUGCUUCAAUUUCUAGUGGGACAAAUGUAUGGUGCUCGCUGCUGCCAGAUAAUGCGGCAGGAACAGUAUUAUUUGUAGGAUAUGCCCCUGAUAUGCCACAAAACCUGAACUGUGAAACGCGCACCUUUAUUACUAUAACAUGUAGCUGGAACCCAGGCAGACCCACGGGACUGUACAGGCAACGGCAAACAAAGUAUAUUUUAUUUGAAAGAAUAUCUAGAGAAAAUGUUACAUGCAAAGUAGAUGAAUUGAAUAAGAAACAUCACUGUGACUUUCCAGUGCAUGCUAAUCAAAAAAUCUACAGUUUCACACUAGGAGCUUCCAAUCCUCUUGGUCGAGCAGAAUCAUCGCUCUUAAUUGAUGUAAAUCAAAGAGUUAAUCUGGAAACUCCUGAUAAAUUCACUGUGAGCACUAAUAGUUCAACAAAUGCCCAUCUGUCUUGGUAUAUACCUGGCAACUUUAUUCAAAUCAGACUUUUGUGUCAAAUUGAAAUUAGAAACAGUAAUUCAGAACGACGACUGCAGAAUGUCUCAAUGGCUGGUGCAGAAAACUCAAAUUACAAAGCUCAGGUGGACGCAUUACAUCCGUAUGCCACAUACACAUUCCGAGUGCGUUGUUCAGCUUCUAAGCAUUUCUGGAAAUGGAGUAAAUGGAGUGAGGAAAAAAAGCUCACAACUUUGGAAGCCCCUCCUGCAAGAGGACCGGAUAUCUGGAGAGAGAGAAGUGCUGUCGGAGAAACUCUAACAGUCUUUUGGAAGCCAUUACUACUUUCUGAAGCAAAUGGAAUAAUACUGUCCCAUGAAGUGUCAUGUUACCUGCGAGAGACAAUGCUUGAAGUCCCUGUACCCUUGAACAGCACUGAAAUAAAACUUGAGGGAAAUGAUUGUUUAAUUAGUGUUGUAGCCAAAAAUCGUGCUGGCUCAUCUCCCCCUUCUAAGAUAACUAGUGUGGAUCUUCCAAGUGACAAUGUCAAAACAGAGCUGGCAAUUGCAAUGGGAAAUGGAAUUUACAUUUCUUGGCAUUCUGACCCCAAUGUGACCUGUGGCUACACAUUAAAAUGGUGUAUUUCAUCUGGAUCUGAAUCAUGUAGUGUGGACUGGGAAACGUUUCCUUCAAAUGCAACAGAUGCUGUGAUAAAAUCUGCUCUAUUUCAACCUGGUGUGAGAUACAAUUUUUCACUAUAUGGCUGCAAACACAAUGGAUAUCAGUUAUUACAGAAUAUAACGGGAUAUAUGAAAGAAUUGCCUCCAAAGGUAGCACCAAGUUUUACUGUAGAAGAAACCUCUUCAGAGUCAAUAUUAGUAAAAUGGGAAGACAUUCCUGUUGAAGACUGCCAGGGCUUUUUAAAGGGAUAUAUUCUUUACUUUGCAAAAGGGGAGAAAGGUACUUCAAAGACUAAUUUUAUGGAAGAAGGGUCUCCUGAGCUAACAGUUAAGAAUAUUACUGACCUAACAAAAAAGUCUUUGAGAAUACUUGAUCUUCAAGGCAAAACAAGUUACCGACUGGACUUACGAGCCUAUACUGUUGGUGGAAUAGGCCCAUCGAAAGACCUGUAUGUGGUGACUAAGGAGAAUUCCGUGGGGUUGAUCAUUGCCAUUCUCAUCCCAGUGGCAGUAGCUCUUGUGCUUGGACUGGUGACCAGCAUCCUUUGCUACCAAAAGAGAGAAUGGAUUAAAGAAACGUUCUACCCUGACAUUCCAAAUCCUGAGAACAGUAAGGCAUUGCAGUUUCAGAAGAAUAUAUGUGAGGGGAAUACAGCUCUUAAAACCUUGGAAAUGAACCCUUGUACCCCAAAUAGUGUGGAAGUGGUGGAAACGCGAUCCACGGUCCUUAAAAUAGAAGACACAGAAAUUAUAUCCCCUGUAGCGGAUAGUGAGCUUCCUGAAGAUGGGUCUGACCCAGAAACAGGAAGCCACGUGGUAGUGUCAUACUGCCCACCAAUCAUUGAGGAGGAGAUCUCCAGUCCACUAAUAGAUGAACCUGUGAGAUCUUCUCAACUCAUUUAUAUUGACAUUCAGUCAAUGUAUCAGCCUCAAAUUAAUCCAGAGGAAGAGCCAGAAAUUAACUUUGUCACUACAGCAGGCUAUAAGCCGCAAAUGCAACUGCCAAUUAAUGCUAUGAAAAUGGAGAGUCACUCACCCACAGAAGAGGACUUAGAUAAAACUGCGGGCUACAGACCUCAAGCAAACACUAAUGUCUGGAAGUUAGACUCUCCAGACUCUCCUAUAUCAAUUCAAAGCAACAAUGAAAAUGGAUCUUUUGGAAGUCCGUGCUCCAUUAAUUCUCGGCAGUUUUUGAUCCCCCCAAAGGAUUAUGAAGACUCUCCCACCCCUAAUAACACAGGGUGGGCCUUUACAAAUUUUUUUCAGAACAAACCAAAUGAUUAACAAUCAUGGUAAUCGUCAUUUCAUCUGAACCUGCCAUUUAAGAAGUUCUUGUUCCUAGUGUUGUCGUAACAGCAUGGGUUAUCCUUGGAGACAUAUUUUUUCGUGAGCUGAAUGUUAUCACAUUUAAGUUAAAGUGUUAAUGUUCCAUUUUAAUACAGACUAAAAACCCAAAGUUAUAGAAACUCAGUUAUUACACUACGAAGAUACAGGGGUUUUGAGGCUGGAUCUCCUCGGAAUCCUAGUCAAAGAACUCUGUCUGCUUUCAAGUUGUGUUUCAAAAUCAGUAUGAUCUCAUACAACUUGUUACUUUGAAAGGUGUCCUACUUCUGUUGUUAACUGGUUCUUAUUAUGAAUAUUCAGAAUGACUAAAUCAAACCAGUUUACCAACUGUCUAGAUGAGGGUGAUGGCGGUAGGCAAACUUUCAGUCUAACAGCUGGAAAUUACAUGCUUAGAUUGGUAGUUAAUUAAAUCUGUUACCUAGACAUUACAAUUAGCACUUCAAUCUGUGCUUAAUUAAAGUCCCAUGGGGAAAAAUAUCAUAAUCAUUUAACACUUUAAACAAUGGCUAUUCAUGUUUGUUGUUUGAUAACCAGAACACUAGUUUCUGUACCUACUGUACAAUGUUUAGUCAAUAUCUGACUCAGGGGUACAAACUUGGAAAAUUAGUAUAACACUGAUUUAAACCUCAACAAGAACUGCAAAAUGUUUAAACUUCAGCAUUCAUUUUUUAAACCUUAAAACACUAUAUUUUUUCUCUUUUGGUUAAGGAGGUAGUAUUUCCUAAUGUAUUGCACUAAUGUGUUUUGUAUUUUAUAGCUGCAGCUCCAGAUCUGCUACCUCAAAGAGGUUACGCAUCUUUUUCGUCUAGAAACAUUUGUUUUGACCAUUAUUAGUCUAGAACUAAAGUGCUGUGAGCAGGCCACCCAAGUGAUUAGUCUCAUUCUUCAACAGUCGUUGGUUGCACUCACCUAUCAGUAGAGACUGCUCCAUAGAUUGCAUUUAAUAGCACUGGCUACCCAGGCAGAUUUGCUCCACAAGUGAGAAAGGUUGGUCUUUAUCUGUAAUAGUUCCCACCAGCCAGGAAGACUCUGUGGCUAAUCUCCAGAAACAUUAUCUACCAAACAGAGCGCUCUUUCCAAAUCUUAGGUGGAAACGUAAGGUGGGAUUUCUCGACAGGCAAGGGGGAUCCCACGUAAGCUAAUGCCACUAAUGAUUUUUAAUAGCUACCUCCCCAGCGCUGGUCACCUGAUGUAAUGUUCUAAUGGCAAGAUUAGCGUUUGUGUGUUUUAAAAAUCAUCAUCUUUGAGUAUUUCUGCUUUCACACCUGUGUCAAUUAAACCUGCUAUAAACAGCUCUAAUUGUAACACUUCAAUGUAUAAACGUUAGGUUGUGACAAGUGCAUCACAAGAACCAAGCCAUUACUUCAUUGACUUUGUUUUUUAAACGCUUUAUAACUUAAAUCUAUUACUAAUUGUU